AUGAAAGAAUGUUCUAGAAAUGCAGAAAAUAUACCGUUGAAUAUAAUUAAUGAAAAUAAAAAUUGUUAUGACAAGAAAUUCAAAAAUUAUAAAUCCCCAACAUCCAGUAUUAAGGAAUGUUUUACAGAAUAUUCUUUAGAAGACAAAGUUGAAGCUUUGAAAAAUGUACUUAUUCAUAAUGGAAAGCAUUCACAAGAGUUACAGCACAUAAAUAAUAUAUGUAAUAUAAAACAAACAAUUGGUGUGAAAGAAUGUUUACAACCAAAUGAAGAGACACCAUUUCAAACAAUUAUCUCUGAAUUAAAAAAUACUGUGAUAAAUAGUUAUUGGAACAAUGAAGUAGGUAAAACACAUUAUCAAAUUCCAAAUCUUCCAAUAGGUAUGAAUCCAUUAGACGUGACUUUUGGAAAAAAAAUUUCAUCUGGAGAAACUAUGGCUACACUUCUCAAAGGAGAAGCAAUAAAAACUAAUAUUUCAGAGCUGAAUGUUUUUGAGUUGUAUAAAAAGAGUCAUAAUAGUUAUUUACCUGCAGAACAAAUGAAAAGACAUUAUCACAAACCAUUUGAUCAAAAUUUAUGCUUUGGGAAAUCAAGCAAUACUAAUAUUGAAGGUGUACGAGUAAAAAAUCUUUUAAGAUGGUUUAAUGCUGACUCCAAUACAAUAGUAAACAUUAACUUAGCAGAUUUCAUGGAACGUUCACAUUUCCAUAUUGGAAAAGCAAAAAAUUUAAAGAAUGCAUAUUUAUAUAUGAAUAUGAUACAUGGUAAAACAGAUGAAAAAAAAGAAAUAUCUGAAAAAUUAGACAUUUUAAAUAAUUACUCUGUAAAUAACGAAAUGAUAGUGCAGCAAAAAUACUUGCAAUAUAUAAAUUCUUUACGUCAGAGAUUGAAACAGUGUGUUCCAGAAAUUUCAUUUUCAGAUAUCUAUGAAGAUUUAUUAUGUUUUGAUAAAGAUUAUACAAGCACAUUACCAAAAGACAAAGUUUUUUCUAUUUUAACUAAACAUAAAAUACAUAUAAAUGAAACAUUUUUGACACCUCUAUUGAAUCUUCUUCAAAUACACAAGGAUAAAAAUGUGAAAUACAAAGAGUUACUAAACCUUUUGAACUGGAAAUAUGACUUUCCUACACUACCAAAAAUAGAAAAAAUACCUUUGGAAUGCCAAUAUUAUACUACUACAUAUAAUACAACAAUAGGAAAUACAGACAAAAUAGAUAUUGCAUGUUAG